AUGGACGAGCGUGAUGUCGCGCGUCCGGCGUACGGGCGGGGGUACGAAGAGGACGUUCGAGCGCUCGAAGAAUCGAUGCGAAUGAUGGAGGAUGGGGUCGAGGCAUCGAGCGAUGUGGACGUACACGCGCUCGCGCGGGGGAUGGAGACGAGCGCGAGGGUGAUCGAGACGUGCGGGGCGCAUUACACGGCGUGGGCGCAUCGUUGGCGGUGCGCCGAGGCGCUCGCGGGGGACGCGGGCGAUGGGAAGAUGGCUGUUUUGAGGGAGGAGGCGGCGUACGCGGCGCGCGCGACGACGUCCAACGCGAAGAAUUAUCAAGCGUGGAAUCACGCGCGGCGGACGAUGGAGACGAUGGGGGACGAGGCAGACGUGGGCGAUCGCGCGAGGGCGUUCGAGCACGUCGACGCGGCGCUGGCGAGCGAUGGGAAGAACAUACACGCGUGGCAGCAACGCGCGUGGCUCGUGUCGCGGUUCAACGUGUGGGAUGGCGAGGACGCUUACACGCGAGCGAUGAUCGCUGAGGACGUGAUGAACAACAGCGCGUGGAAUGCGAGGUUUUAUUGGGCGAAACACAUGUUCGACCGAGGUGACGAAGAGGUGUUGGAUCGGGAGACGGCGUACGCGCGAGAGGCGCUUGAAUCCGACGCCGAAAAUGAGAGCGUGUGGAGUUACCUCCGUGGCUUACGCGACUUCGCCGAAACGUCGCCAGCGGUGGAUGAUGACACCGCAACGCGCAUAUCUGAGUUCGUCUUGGCCGUCGCACGAGCCGCUGCGAGCGGGAAAAGUCCGUCUCGCCACGCGUUGCUCGUGCUCGCCGACCGCGUCGCCGCCGAGGCGGUUCGAGACCGCGAUCUCGAUCGCGCUGCCGACGCUCGAUCGUUAUUUGGCGCCCUAGCAACCAUAGACCCGCUGCGAGCGAACUAUUACGCCGUUCGCUUGGAUCGAUUAGAAUCAGCCCUGAGGGCGUCGAUGUAA